AUGACAACCGAAAGGCGCAACCUUACCAACGAAGAGCGCGAGGCCAUCCUUCGUGAAGUCCUGCUCCACAGCAACGGCAGCUACUUGUCUCGACUGCCGAAAGGACUGAGUCAGGAGCUGACGGUCAAGUACAGCUGCCACGUGGCCACGAUUCGCCGGGUCCUUGCGGUCGCCAAGCAACAGGGUGUCGGUCAUGGGAACAUGAAAGUCACCGUUGCUAGCCGGAAAAAAGGAAGAGUGGGAAGGAAGAAGGCCUUCAUUGCAGAGCAAGUGAAAGCUAAGCUCUUGCAAGUUCCACUAGCCGAACGCACUACACUUCGUUCCAUUGCGGAACGCACAUGGAUAAGUUUGGGCUCUCUGCACCGGUACCUCAAACUUGGUAUGUUUCGCUCGCAUUCCAAUGCGAUAACACCAUUCCUGACCGACGCGAACAAGUACAGUCGGAUGAAGUACGCCGUCGAGUUUGUCGGCCCCACUCAAGAGCUGAACAACCUGCUCCAGUACGUCCACUUGGACGAGAAAUGGUUCUACAUCACCAAGGAAAGGCGGAAGUUCUACCUCGUCCCUGGUGAAAAGGAACCGAAACGGGUAUGUAAAAGCAAGCGAUACAUUACUAAAGUGAUGUUCCUGUGUGCUGUGGCCCGACCACGCUACGUCCAUGGCGCCGAAAUGUGGUGGGACGGCAAAAUUGGGAUUUGGCCCAUUGUCGAAUCUGUCCAAGCACAGCGUGCCAGUGUGAAUCGCCCUGCGGGAACCCUCGAGACCAAGUCAAUCACCGUGACGAAAGAGGUGUACCGCACCUUUUUGUUGGACAAGGUCUUGCCCGCCAUCGUCGCGAAGUGGCCGCGUGGCGACGACCGCGCGAUCAAAUUGCAGCAUGACAAUGCCCGCGCCCACGCUACACCGUCCGACGCGAAGCUCAAGGCAGCUCUGGUCAUGAAGCUGUUUGGGGACAAUGCCUACAAGGUGCCGCACAUGUCGAAGCGAAAGGAGGAGCGCAGAGGUUUGUUACCUCAAAAUGUGACGUGUCCGCGCGACUUCUUCGAUGCGGCCAGAGCCAAGUUGGACGGCAUGGCUUCCAGCGAGCUGGAUCGUGUCCUCGCAGCCGAGCUGAAGGAGGCCAGGUGCGCUGAUGAGCUGGCGCAAGUACUUGAGGCCAUCAUCGUCGCCAUCGCGCUGAGCGACGAUGAGUCGGACGACAUGAUCUCUGCCAUGGCUGAAGUAGGCAUCGACCCGGUGUGGAAGAUGACGAGUAUGCGCUCUUACAUGUAUGCAUGUUGGUAUUGCGGAUGGUCCCUGUGCUCGUUAGGAGGGUUCCUGAGGUAA